AGACCGGAAUGAGCGACCCUCCCAGGCUGAGAGCACGAGCCUCACCGUCACUAGUACUCAGCCGCUCGGGACACUGGCUGAACUUACCCAGAAAACACAAGAACUAGUUCGAUGUCGUUUCAAGCUCACCAAACUGCGGGAAGUUACGAAACUGUCUCUACUGUCUAGAGAGGGGAACUGUUACACGGACGUGAAGUCUCACCUCCUGUUGUGUAUCUCCCGGAAGCAAGACCGGGAGUCCAACGGGAUCCAAAACCAGUAUCCUAUAAAGUCUCCAGAGAGGGAUCCCCUCCAGGCUGGGGAGAAACAGGACAGCCUAACAAACAGGGCCUGGACUCUUCCCCAAACAAAAGACGUUUUUCUCUGCUUUUCCCCUUCCCACUCGCUGAAAUCUAGACACUCUUAAGAUACUGAGAGGUAUAAAGAACGUCUAGAGCCUAAAGCGGCCCGUUGCCAGAUUCUACUCCUCAGGCCUUGAAUGUGAGCGUCUCAUUCUAGAGCUGAACUGGCGGGCUAGGCCCCCGAUCACGUGAUGCCGCGCCCAACUCCGGGCGGAAGAGGCAGGCGAAAGGGCUGCACGAAGCGAGUGGGUGGGCGCCCGUGCCCGGCUGAAAGAUGGCUGCUGCCGCUAGGCAGCCACCGCCUGGGAGGUUACCGUGAGGCCCGCAGCUCCCGCCGGCUCCCGCGGACCGCUGCCGCCUUCUUACCAUGAAGCCAGUGAGUCGUCGCACGCUGGACUGGAUUUAUUCAGUGUUGCUGCUUGCCAUCGUUUUAAUCUCCUGGGGCUACGUCAUCUAUGCAUCAACGGUGGCUGCAAGACGACAGCUAAGGAAGAAAUACCCAGACAGAAUUUUUGGGACGAGUGAAAAUUUGUAACUCCUCUGGAUUUAAUUCUCUGCAAAUAACAUUUCUUUCCCUCAUGCUUAUGAGAGAUUUAAAAAUAAAAAUCAUAAUGCAAAGUUCCCAAGUUUA